GAGUGAAAGGGCAAUUGGACAGGAAGGCCUUGACCCAGCAAAGACAGUGACCAGCCACAGGGAAGAACUCAAGGUCUCCAUUAAAGACACCUUCUGCCAGACAAAAGUCUUUGGCGUCCUGGGUUUCAGGAAUGAAUCCCAGGUGGAGAAUUACUCAACUGGUGGCCCAGACAAGAAAUUUUGCUACAGAAGCAGCUGGCCACGAAGAAGGAUCUAGUGCUCGGUUAUGGAAGAUUUUAAGCUUUGUGGUGGCGCUUCCUUCAGUGGGCAUCUGCUGGCUGAACGUGCAGCUGAGAAAGAGAGAACACUCCCACGAACGUCCUGAGUUCAUCCCAUAUCCCCACCUGAGGAUUCGGACAAAGGCUUAUCCAUGGGGCGAUGGAAAUCAUAGCCUCUUUCACAAUCCCCACACCAACGCACUACCCACCGGCUAUGAAGAUGUGGACAGCCACCGCUGAGACCCUCUUAACAUUUCUUCUUCUUCUUCUAACCAGCUUCCUCUCCUAGCGAGGACAUAGGGUUAUGGGUGUUUAAUGCAUCUUUGAGACAGAUGUCUAUCUAUGGAGUCAAUAAAAUGCAUUUCAAUGAGCAUAG